UUCUCCAUUUGCUUUAGGGGGAUUAUGACAGAAGAAGAAGGCAAAAGGGGCCCCGCAGAAGAACAUGGGCAAGAUAAACAAGAUCCUGAGGAGGGGGUUCAGCCCAGGGGAAAAUGGGCAAACAACAUGGAGUUUAUUCUCUCUAUGGCUGGUGAAAUAAUUGGCCUUGGAAAUGUUUGGCGUUUCCCCUAUCUGUGCUAUAAAAAUGGAGGAGGCGUCUUUCUCAUUCCUUACUGUGUGUUUCUCUUCUGCUGUGGCAUCCCUGUGUUCUUCCUGGAGACUGCAUUGGGCCAGUACACCAGUGAGGGAGGGGUGACCGCCUGGAGGAAAAUAUGCCCCAUGUUUGAGGGGGUGGGGAUUGCAUCCCAGGUGAUUGUAAUCUACUUGAACAUCUAUUACAUUGUGGUUUUGGCCUGGGCUAUUUUCUACUUAAUAAAUGCCUUCAAGAGUCCCCUUCCUUGGUCUACAUGUGAGAACUGGUGGAACACUGAUUCAUGUUUUAGUCGAGCUGGCUAUUUUGCCAAUCCUGACCUUUUUAAUAGAGGAUCCAACUGGUCAUUUCUAUACAACAACUCCCAUUAUACUUAUGACAGCGACAUAAAUCUAAGUACUUCGCCCGUGUUAGUGAACUCACCAGAAGAGGAGUUCUGGAGCAAUUCUACUCUCCUCAUAAUUAACUCACCAGAGGAAGAGUUCUGGACAUACCGAGUGUUGAGAAAGUCAGAUGAAAUGUUCUUGGGUAAAGUGCACUGGGACCUGGCUUUGUGUCUCCUUUUCGCCUGGGUUAUAUGUUACUUCUGCAUCUGGAAGGGAAUCAAAACCACAGGAAAGGUUGUGUACUUCACUGCUACAUUCCCUUACCUAAUGCUGUUCAUCCUCUUUAUUCGUGGAGUGACACUUCCAGGAGCAGGAGAGGGUCUCAAGUAUUACCUCCAACCCAACUUCAGUAAGCUUGCUGAACCAGAUGUGUGGCGUGAUGCAGGAACUCAGGUGUUCUUUUCCUACGCUGUGUGUCAAGGAGUCCUAACAGCCCUGGGAAGCUAUAACAAGUACAACAACAACUGUUACAGGGAUUGUUUGGCACUGUGCUGUCUAAAUAGUGCAACCAGUAUCUUUGCUGGCUUCGCCGUCUUUUCAGUCAUUGGUUUCAUGGCUCAUGACCUGAACAUUCCCAUAAGCGAAGUUACUGCCAGUGGUCCUGGUCUGGCUUUCAUCGUCUAUCCCAAAGCUUUGUCGUUACUCCCUGGUUCAUCCUUCUGGGCCGUGCUUUUCUUUCUGAUGGUUCUAUUUCUUGGUCUUGAUAGCCAGUUUGUGUGCAUUGAGAGCUUGGCCACAGCCAUCACAGACCUGUUUCCAAGUCGUUUGAGGAGACCUGGUGCCAGGGAGCUCCUUGUCCUGGUCAUCGCGGUUAUUUGCUUCCUGUUGGGGCUGAUGUUUGUCACAGAGGGAGGGGUGCAUCUCUUUCAGCUUGUUGACACCUUUGGUCCAAGUGGAACCAGCCUCCUCAUCAUUGCUUGUGCAGAGACUAUUGUUGUUUCCUGGAUUUAUGGUGCAGAUCGCUUCUAUGAUAACAUUGAGGACAUGAUUGGUUAUAGACCAACCCCUGUUUUAAAGUACUGCUGGAUGUUUGUUACCCCCCUCAUCUGUGUGAUUACAAUGCUGUAUAACCUGUCAAAAGAAAACCCAAUCAGUUUGAAUGGUGAAUUACCAGGACCAGCUGUCUCUGCAAUAGCUAGCCUACUUAUUGCCAUCCCACUGAUGUGCAUUCCAGCAUUUAUUUUCGUCUCUCUGUACAGGGAUCCAAAAAACAUGAUCUCACCAUCUAAAGACCUGCGGCAAGUUUCCCCUGGUAAGCCCAUUCUGACGCUGUGCAACAUGGCCAUCUUUGAGGGACAGAGGCAACCAAGCACAAAUAAGGAUGAAAGGAACAUGAAGAUGAUUCUGGAGGAGCGGAGCCACGUUUGAUGAUAGCUGACAAUGAGUCUGGACUGCAUAAUAUAUAUUGCAGUUGAAGUUUUAUUAAUAUGUAUACAUUUCAGGGAGAUUUGUCUGGGUUUGGACGACACGUUUACCUUAUUGUUUGCUCUUUCAAUAAGCUUUACUCCUAUAAUCAUACAUAAGUUUACUAAACGUAUACAUCUUUUGGUGUUCUAAUGCAAUAAUUAGGAUAUAUAUAAUCAUUUCUACAAUACUUUCCAUUCAUGUAUUUUUCAAAUUUAUAGCUCUCACCAAAUAUAUUAAUUAAUAUGACAAAAAAUAAAUAAGAAAUUAAGAGUGUGGAAGAAAAUAAAAGGGCAAGACAAGCCAGAAAUAGAAAUGGCUAAGAUAUGGAGGUGUGAUCAUUUUUAGUUUGACUUAAUUAUUGUGACCAAUUUGAUCUUUGCAUAGUAAAACUGACACCCAAA